CAGCGGUAGGUGGCGGCGGUGGGCGGGUCUCCGUUGGUGAGUCAAAGGAAAAGGAAGUGAAGAAGUGAACUUCAUUUCCAGCAGGUUGCUGUGGUUUAGACGAAGAUGCUGGUUAGGAAAUGACAGCUGUGCUGUCUGGUGUCGUCCAGGCGGUGACUGACUGACAGAUGCCUUCAUUAUGAUGCCGAGCUACAGCGCUCUGGUCAUCACCCUCCUGCUGUCCCAGGCCCGAGGCUUCCUGAACCCUCCAGAGGACGAUAACAUCCCCAAAGAGUGGGUGCUGCUCCAUGUGGUUCAGGGCCACAUCGGGGCCGGAAACUACAGCUACCUGCGCCUCAACCACGAUGGCAGAAUCAUCCUGCACAUGCAAAGCCUCAAGGGAGACGCAGACCUCUACGUGUCGGAUAAGACACUACGGCCGAGCUUCGACACUUACAAGCUGCAGUCUGUCACCUGCGGCCAGGAUAUGGUGGUGGUGCCAGGGGACUUCACAAGGCCCGUGGGCAUCGGCAUUUACGGCCACCCGUCUCACAAGGAGAGCGAGUUUGAAAUGCGGGUGUUUUACGAUCAGACGGUUCUCCAAGACCCGUUUGAUAAGGGCUCAUACAGUUCAGAUGACGGAUUCAAGAAAACAAAACCCCCUCAGGCAGCAGAGGAGGACUUUCAGGAAGAGGAGUCAAUCUUUUGGACAAUUCUGAUCGGACUUUUGAAGAUUAUACUUGAGAUCUUGUUUUGAAAAUGAUUUCCUGCCUCGCUGCUGCACCAGAAGGAGGAGAUUUGGCUUCUCUCUUUUUUUUUUCUUUUUUUUUUUUGGCUCAGUCAGCCUUUAUACAUUAAAUAAGAUUAGUUUCUUUCAUUCUGUGAGAAUGAGAAAAUGUAUGUUUCCUUGUGAUCAAACAAACAAACUUGAUUUAAAAAAAAAAAAAGAAAGUCCAAAUCAAAUCAAUUUUAAAAGUUGUAAUUGGAAGUUGAAACUGAAUUCACCAGUGAAGCCAGAAAAUGUUUCACGGUGUCUGUAUGUUUGGUGACGAGAAAAACUGAACAUUAGUCUCUCGGAUUUAGGAGUUGUUUUGGUGUCCUCUCAUAGAAAGACUGGAACAAAGCAUAUUAAGGUGAAGCACAGGCACAUGUUCAGUCGUGGCCUAAAUAUGAGCCUUUGUGAUUUUCUAUUUUGAACCGCAGUUCAACCAAAAGGGGCAAGAGGAUAUUAAUAUUUCUGCUGUCUUAAAGGAUAGGUUAGAGUCUUUUUUUACUGUAUCUUAACACAACACUCACAUGCUGUAUAUAAGUUGAAGUGAAGUGACUAUACUGUUAAAGAUGGUGAACAAAAUCCACAUGAUAUGCGGCUUCAGCAAUCAGAGUUCACAUGAGCUACAUCUAAAGGUAGAGCUCCUGGCUGACCGCGCUGCCUUCCUGAUCUCUCUUCAAGAGCUCUUUGUGUUUCUUUUGUAGCUUUGAUGUGAUGAAUCCUAUAAACGAGGUGAAUGUUUUCACACAGACUCUACUUGAAGGCAUUCACGGUGUUGCACAAUGACAGAAGUAGCUGUGCGAAUGGAAAAAAAUCUUAUCUAGAGUAGUUAAAAUCCAGCCUGUUACCUGUCCUCUGCAUACCCGCCCAGAAGACGCAUCAAGAAGCAAAAUUUUAAACCCAUGUUGAGUGUUUCCACCGUUAUUUGAAAUGAUAAUUUUACAGACAUUAAUUAGCACUUUUUUUGUGAAAUGAAGUCACACUAUAGACUGUUUAUCUCCAUUAGUAUACGCCAUCGCCUGAGUGUUUUUGAAAGCCUGAAUUCUCAGAAAAAGAUGCCAGCAUCGAUGAAAGUAAUUAAUGAGCUCUGAGGCUUAUGAUUCUGAUAGAUCCAGUUCUCAAUUCCCAUCAGUAUUUUUCAUGUUUCUUUGCUAAAAUGCGUCUUGUUAGUCACAUGUAGGUUUAUUGUAAGGUCGCUUCACCAGGUAUAAACCAAGGGUACAACUAGCACGACUUGAGUUUACUGACUUAUGGACAGGAGGGACAGAACUCUCACAGUGUAAAGAAAAAUGUGAAUAUUGUGUCAUGAUGCACUUGAACCUAUCCUUUAACUCAAUCAUAAAUGUAACUGAUGCGACUGACUCUCACCUCGGCCUCUGGAUGAAUGAAACCGCUUGUCUUAACUCUGCAUAUCAACACCACACAGGAUGUGUGUGGGUUUAAAGAUCACAAAAACUUAGCAAUAGUCAUUGUCAGCCAUUUGGAUACAUACAUGAGGUUCCUACAGGACAGGUUUGUUGUUGGACAUGAAGGAAGGCCUGAAACGGUGAAAGUAUGAUGGUAUUGGGUCAGUGAAGGUAAAGCUGCUGCUGAAUAUACUGUCUUGAUUCUUGAUCCUCACUUUUCAUUCACUGUUUACAGAUUUAUUGCUUUCAUUCAGCCUCCAAAUGGGAACAUCUGUUUUUUGAAGAUACUGCUACCAAUACGUUAACAUCAGUAGCAACAUUUCACUCACUUUGUUUUUGCCUGUUGGACAAGCUCCUGAUUUAAACAUCGCCUCCUACCUUCGUUGGAGUUCAGUUACAAGUAAACAUGCGACCACUGAGCAGAAAUGUUCAACAGUGCCUUCAGAUCAGUCCUCUGCAGGGUGAACAGCCGAGCAGUUGUCCUGCUUCCAGAGACGAUUCAGUCAGGUUUCUAAAUAAAGCAGUUGUUUUGCAGACUGUAAAAC